AUGUUGGAGCAAGCGCUACUUUGGUCCUGCCCGCCUGACGCCACAUGGUCUAGCGGCGAGCUUUCACAAGACGCAAAGUGUGUUGAAGCAAACCUCCAAGAUUCAAGAACGCAACAAGACAACAUAAUGGAACGAUACAAUAUAGCUGCUGCCCUUCAUGGGCGUCGCUCGCGGCGUGGACGGCACAGUGGACAGGACCUGGGUCCGCCCGAUCCUCUUCAAGUGCGUCUGCUGGCCACAUUCGCCGGGGCUCUCGGGUGUUCGAUACCUCUCCGCCCUGUUCACCUCCUCAGCACCUCCUCGGUUCGGGCACGAGACGAGAGGGGCAUCGGUGGUCGCUGA